CGGAGAGGCGAACUUUGCCGAGUACAGGCGGUAGCCGAGGAGACUUGACACUUCAUUUGCUUGCUGCGCACGGUAGCAAGCGGUCGGGGUUUUUCUUCCGCGGCGGCGGACGGGUGAAUUCGUUCGAAGCAAGGUUGUCGAGACUGGAUUUUUAUAGGUUUUUAAUAUUUUUACUGUUUCAUCCUUUUUCUUCUCCGUUGAACACUGCCGGCAUGAUAUCCAACUGCUUCCCGGUAACAAUUCGACGUCUCGCGAAUUCGCGCGAGGGACCGUCCGCCACCGACUGAGCCCACCCGAUUUCUCCCCUCCGCGACAGGGGAACAGACAAGCCCAUUACGCAAACUCCGUCCGCUCUUGUUAUUGAUCCCCUACACAAACACUGCAUAUUGUAUCACUCCUGUCUUCCCCACCCCCACUCAGUCCCGGAGACCUGAUUGUGCGCGCGUACGACCGGCCUUCUUUCCUACGUGCGGAGCCAGUGACGUUUGGUGCCAGUGAUCCGAGUUCGCGGCGUCCCGAAACAGUGAACGCUUCGGAAGAGGCAUUAAGAAAAAAAAAACUGGAAUUCGUCCACCGUCCGAAGACUGCCACCAUGAAAGACGGGACGUGUUUCGCCGACGAAAUAAACUUCUCUUCUACUGAGUUCGAUGACGAUCUAAUGGAGUGUGACGUCUUCUGCGAACUAGUCAAAGGACUGGACCAGGAUGUGGUUUUCGACAUGGCCCAGAGGCUGACGAGCAUCCUGGGGCAGGAGCCGCCGCCGGCGGCCAGCGACGACGACGACGAGGACUACGAGGACUACGAGGACUACGAGGACGAGGACGGUUCCCGGAGGUCGCCGCUGGGCGGCGGCAGCACCGAAGACGAAGCCGCGCUGCUGCGGCGCGACCGCAGCCUGGUGCUCGCCGGCUACACCGAGUGCAUGGACGAGGCGAUCCGCUACCUGGUGGAGGAGGAGCGCUACUCGGCCGAGCACCCGCUGGUGCAAGGCCUGCGGCAGCACCUCGUGGACGGGCAGGAGCGCGUGCUGGGCGCGGCGCAGCGGCUCGACAACUGCAACAACAACAGCAGCAACAGCAGCAACAACAACAACAACGGCGGCGGCGAGCCGGACGUCAGCCUGGUGGCGCUCCUCGCGGGCACCAUCCUCAACGUCAGGCAGCCGUCGGUAUAAGCCCCGCCUGUCCCCCCCCCCUCCCCAAACCCCUCACCCUCCUCCCCUUGUACAUAUCCACAAGACUGAGGACUAAAACAGAACAAAACAAUUAUAGUGCAUUGUGUACGAGUGUCAAGACUUAAGGUAUGCCUUGUCCCAUGCCAGUUUUUUUUUCUUCUUUCUAGUUUCUCGAGAUUUUUACCUCUUAAGGCCGUGCUACUUGAGUGGAAAUAGCUUAUUAAAUUCGCAACAGCCAUGGAAAAAACACUUAUUUACAAUGUAAAAUGUUAUUGAAAAAUUUGUGCUACUUUUACCUUAGCAUUUUACUGGGAAAUGAAAGCAAAUUAAAAAAGACUAUAAAUUCGUAAUAUUAAAAUAUUUCCAUAAUAUCACAUCCAAGUAAGUUUUAUGAUAUUGAUUGGUGUUAUCAAAUAAGGCAAAAAUAUCAUACAACUUUAAAAGUUUUAUUAAAACGUAUUUUGUAGUUUUGUUUAAUAUGGAGCUAAAAUAUUACUCUGGAGGCGUUAUGCCGCAUUAUAACGGCUUUGUGUCGAACGGUCUAGGAAAUACAUCAGGCAGCACCUUCGUCGCAGCGCAGUUUGAGAAGCUGCAAGAAGUAACAAACAAAAAAUAAGCAUCACACACCUGUACAUACGUUUAUUUUGUAUAUCUCAUUCUGAUACUAAGAUGUCAGCAGCGGAGUCUGAAGAUAGCCGCCACAUGUCAUGGUGGGAAUACACGGGAAACUGAGGGAAAAAAAUUACGUGAGACUUGGUAUACUCCCGCUAAAGCAAUUCGUGCACGAACACACCAUGGUUGUGACAGAUUAUUACUCAGAGUUUUGUCAGACAAAACUAAAGUGCAUCUGACAAUUGUUGAAAAACGAAGGAGAUUGUGUUUACGCUUGUUUUGUUGUUUACGAUGUAAAUUAUUUUAAUUUUUUUAGUUUGAAAUAUAUUUUGCUCUCUUGCCAAGAGAAA